ACUCACCUUGAAACUAUCCGAUCAAAAAUCGCCAGGGGAAUGCUUGUGCUAUUCGUUGGUGAACAAGCUUCAGCGUUAACUUCCCCUGACAAUCCUUAUCCUUCAUUGGAUGAUUGGUGGCAGGUUAUUAACCAGUCAGAGGUAAGAGCUGUUUGAAACUCCGAAAUAGGGCCCGGGGGUGAUAUCUAUAAUUGCCUAUACCAAGAGAGAAUGAUCUAGAUUAUUCUCUCUUGCCUAUACGUGGAGGCUCCACCCAAAAUGGGUACCAUUAUCAGGCUUCAGGAAAGGGUGAGGAAAUCUGUCAUUUCCUCCUGUAAAAAGACCUAAAAGAGCUAAUAGGAGAAUGAAUUUACGGGUGUGAAAAACGUCGAGACAAUUUACGAGUUUAAAAGGCAGUGCAUUUAAAAGACAGUGCAUUUACAGCAGUCUAUAAAAGGGAUGCAGAUUUAUGAAAGGGGUACCGUUUGUCAAUAGAAGGUUUACGGGGUACCUUAAAAUGGGGUAGCUCUUCUGUAAAUAGGUAAGGGAUUGAACCUCGGGGCGUAGCCUCCCUGUGUAAAGCGUUUGGGAGUACCCUCUGGGGUCCAAACCUAACACUGAAUCACAAAAACAAGUACGAUCGACGGCGCGAGCCUCGUCUUCUUCACCACCGAUCGAAAAAUUAAGGGUGACUUGCCCAGAGUUUGAGCAGUUCAAAGAGUAUACUGAGAUAGUUCCACCUUUUUAAAGCAUGUUUGUCGAUUCAUGAUGACUUUCAUUAUGUGGUUAAUAGAGGAUGGAUCCAAUCAUCAGCACACAAUCCUAACCCUCUUAGUUGGUUGUUUGCUAGGCAGCGUGCAAUCCGAUUUAAAUUUAACGUUAAAUUUUGUUGGUUUUAAUUACGUGUCAGCCUAUUAUGUUUCUUAACUUUUACUGGCGGAUUUCAUUGUUCAUCUUUCCCUAACAGAAAGGCGUCGACACUCUAUUUGAUCUUGAGGACAAAUUCCUGGCAAACAUACAGCAAGCGCCUUCACGUGUUCAUGAUGCGCUGCGGAAUGUUGGGAAGUUUCCUGUUAUCAUAACGACGAACAUGGAUGACCUGUUAGAGCGCUUCCUUUGGAAGGCUGGGAAUGUUGGAGAC